UCUAUAAGUCUGUAUAGGCGUUCUGUGACUCUAUGGGCUGGAGUAGUCCGGAGUAAACAAUCAUGUCGUGCGGUUUGGGUGGGCUGGUCUUGUUUCUGGGGUUUAUUUUACGCUUAGGGCUUAUUUAUACACCUCUGGCGCGCCCAGUGUCCGACAGAGUCGAAGUAUCAACGCCUAUGAACUCGUGGAGGCGUGUCACUGAAGGACUCUACCUCCAUCGCAUGCAACUGUCGCCCUAUGAUGGAGAUAUUUUCCAUGAGCCUCCUUUGAGCUUACUGGUGUAUGACUACGUCACGAAGGCUAUCGAUGAGCAAUGGAUACCGCUUUUGUUUAUUGCAUGUGACUUGGUGACAGCCUUACUUCUGGCAGUUGGUGCAAAGAAGUGUGUCUUAUAUAUGGUGGAACAGGAGGCCCAGGCCAAGAAAGCAAAGAGUUCUAGGAAUAUUACACUCACCAUGAAUUCAGCAGGUGCAGUCCCAAAACUUGUGUUGGCAGUGUAUCUGCUAUCUCCGUACAGCCUACUAAAUUGCAUUGGCAUGGCAACAACACUGUUUUCCAACCUUCUUGUGGCUUUAUUUUUUGCCAGUUUUGUUCAUGGCUGGUGGCUUAUUGCAUCGGUUGUACUUGCUGUUGAAACAUACAAGUCAUUUUAUCCUGUCAUGCUUUUGCUCCCUGCCCUCCUUUACAUGCAUGAGGUGAAAAGAAAUUCUAGUCAUCGAAGAACCAGCCUUGUAGUAGCAGCUGUUGUAACUUUCUUGGUCACCCUGAGUGGCCUCCUGUUUGGAUCAUAUCUGGUUACCAGUUCCUGGCAGUUCCUCUGGUCUACCUACGGAUGCAUAUGUGCUGUGCCUGACCUGACACCUAACAUUGGUGUGUUUUGGUACUUCUUCACUGAAGUUUUUGAACAUUUUCGGGUAUUCUUUCUCUGGAUCUUCCAACUGAAUGCCUUUGUUUAUAUGGUUCCACUGGGCAUUCGUCUAAGGAAAGAACCACUGCUCUUGUUCUUUUUGGUGGUUGCAUUGACUGCAGUUUUCAAGUCCUACCCGAGUAUUGGUGAUGUUGCCCUCUACACAUCUCUGCUUCCAAUCUGGAGACAUGUCUUUCCAUAUAUGAAGCAGUACUUUCUGGUUGGCUGUAUAUUUGUAUCCUGCUCAGCGCUUGCGCCGCUUCUCUGGCACUUAUGGAUUUUUUCAAGUAGUGCUAAUGCCAACUUUUACUUUGGCAUCACACUAGCUUUCAACACUGGCCAGAUUUUUCUCAUCACAGACUUGCUGUUUGCUCAUGUCAAGAGGAAAUUCUAUCUUGAAAAUGGAGACCCCAAGGAGCUAGAAGAAAAAAACAUGAAGUUAGAGCUACGCUAGUAGCAGUGGACUAUAGAUCACUUUUUUAACUUCACAUGUUAGUGGAUAGUUGUGCAUUCAUCACCUUGUGUUUGUUUUAUUCAGUGAUGGCACUGUGUAAUAUUACAUUACUAUGUGUGAGGUCUUGUUUGUAUGUUAGAUGUAUCAAAGUGGCUUACUCAACAUAUACAUGAGUACUUCAUGAUAUAGUCACACAAGGAGUCAUCUCUACAGCAAGUCUUAAUGUUUGUGGUGUGUGUUGCUCUUCUGUGUGUCUUGCCAAAUGUUGCACAAUCCAACCUCUAAAGUCUUAAUGCUUACUGCAUAGUUACUUUUUUUUACAUUACUUCUUUUUUUACGUUGGCAUCACAAUGCUACAAAGUGUGUGUACAUAAUGAAAACAUGAUCUAUUUUUUGUUUGUUCAAUGAGCUGGUAAUAAAUUGGUGUCUUUAUUCAGGAUAA